CAUGUCCGGCGGAUGCCAAAAUCCAAUUAGCAAGAAACCAAGUAAAUCACAACCCUGAAAUUGCAGAAAUGGCGUCUGAGAAAGAACGCAGAGAAAAUACAACUAGAGAGCGAGAGGUUCGUUUAGAAAAAGAUAGAGUUCCAAAAAUGACUAGUCAUUUCGAGUUUUUAACAGAUCGGCCAGAGAGAGCAAAAGAAAGUUCCGAUGAGGCAGGGGCCCAAUUCGAGUCUCUUGCUGAUAAAGUUGCGAAUGAAAAAGAAAGACAAGAAGGAGAGAAACCGAGAGGAGCUUAUUCUGUUGGGAAAUCUGAAGUUAGCGGUGGUGAAGAAGAGAAAGGUUUCAAAGAGGGUGGAGAAAACAAACAGCAACUUUCUCUUGAAGAAAUAUCGAAGCUUAGAGAAACUGCGCAGAAGAAUUCAAUGGAGGCUAUUAAGGGUGCACAAGAGAGAUAUGAGAAAGCAAAAGAGGAGAUGAGCCAAGGUUUAGGUGUUGCAGCUGAGUAUGCUAAAGAGAAAGGUGCACAAGCAAAAGAUACUGUUGUUGAUAAGAGCUCCCAAGCUACAGAUACUGUUAAAGAGAAAGGAGCAGAAGCAAAAGAUAAAAUAGCAGCGCAAGGCUCUCAAGCUAAAGAGAAAACUGCUCAAGCAAAAGAUACUGUUCUUGGAAGUGCUCAAAAAGCAUCACAACAAAUAGCAGAGAAAGGGUCUCAGGCAAAAGACACUGUCAUUGAAGGCACUCAAAAGACGAGCCAGUAUAUUGCAGAAAAGAGCUCUCAGGCAAAAGACACUGUUGUUGGAGGUGCUAAAAAAACAUCAGAAUAUGCAUUAGAAAAAGCAGCUGCAGCUAAAGACAAGACUGUGGAAACUGGUGAAGGGGCUGCUCAUUAUGCUGGAGAAGUAGCAAUUGAUGUGAAGGACAAGGCUACUGCGGCUGGUUGGACCGCUGCGCAUUACACCACUGAGAAAACAGUGGAGGGGACUAAAGCAGCAGCAAGGGCCGUUCAAGGAGCAACAGAGAAAGCAGCAGAGCUUGCUGCAAAGCCUUUCAUUGCUGCUAAGGAUGCUGUUGCGUCUACUGGUGAGACUAUGAAGGAGUAUACUGCUAGGAAGAAACAGGAGGCAGAGAGAGAGGUGGAAGCCAGGAAAGCAGAACAAGAACAGGUUCAUUCAACAGGAGGAGGAGAAGAAUGGGAAACUGCGGGGAGAUUCACCGGAAAAGCCACUCAAGGCUCAGAAGAAAAGCCAGAAGAGCAUCAUCAAUGGCAGCAGCAAAAGGGAGGCAGCAGCCUGCUCGGCGCCAUUGGCGAAACUAUAGCAGAGAUUGCUCAAACAACUAAAGAGCUUAUAAUUGGACAAGACAAACCUAGUGCGGGAUAUGAAGAACAUGAGAGAAAAGAAUAAGUAGAUGAAUAAAGACUUUGGAGUUCUGUUUCUGGUCACAUGAGUAUUUAAAAACUGAUAUAAAAAUAUGCUGAUGUUAUGGCUUUCUUGAAUC